AUGAUUGAACGCCGGGGUAAGGGGGGCCCCCGAUUUUCUCGUUUGAGCUCUUCUGGUAUAAGCGGCAGAAGAGGAGGAGAAAAAAGUUCAAGAGGAGGGCAAGAAAGAGCAUUUAAUAAUUCCUCUGUUGCUGCAAAAAGAAGACGAAUAGAAGAUGAGAAUAUUGAGUCCGAUUCUGCAUCAGGAGCAGAAACACCGCCUUCCUCUGAUGGAGAAUCAGAUACAGGCGGAGAAACAACAGACGAGGUACGUCUACGAGUAGCGCAGCAAUAUCUUCGUGAGGUAUCUGCAGCAGCAAAAGGGAGAAGGACUAAGAAUAGUUCAUCUACAUUUUUAUCUGGUGCUGCUGAUCCAUCAGCAGCAGCAGCAGCAGCAGCAGCAGAAACAGAUCCAGCAUUUGCUUCCUCAGAGGACAGCGACAGCAGCAGCAAAGAAGAGGAAGAAGAAGAUGAUUUUUUUGAAUAUGAUGAUAAGGAGGCAUUAGCAGCAGAAUUAAAGAAAAAGGCAGAAAGAGGAAAAUUUCUUUCUCGUCAAGUUGUUUCUGUUGCUGAUAAUCUUCGCCUUAAAGAUGCAGCAUUUUAUAAAGGGCAUAAGUUGCCAGUUACUUGCGUAGCUCUGCCUGGUCAGGGUCGUUGUUGCGACCCUGACAGCAGCAGCAGCAGCAGCAGCAGCAGCAGCAGCAGCAGCAGCAAUAUGGGUUGUGCCUAUACAGGAGGAAAGGAUUGUUGUAUAAUUCGUUGGGAUUUAGAGACAGGAAAGAAACAAGUAUUCAAGGGUCAGCGUAACUGUUUUGGCUCAUCAGCAGCCAGCAGCAGCAGCAGCAGCAGCAGCAGCAGCAGCAGCAGCAGCAGCAACAGCAGCAGCAGCAGCAGGACAAAUACAAAAGGACAUUUUAGACCUGUAUUAAGUAUUUGUGUUAAAGAAGACGAAAGAAUGUUCGUCUCUGGUGGCGCAGAUCAUACAAUCAGGGUAUGGGACCCAAGGGCAUCUAAUGAUAGGUGUAUGUUUGAGCUGCGUGGGCAUCGUGGGGAAGUAACAGGAUUAUGUAUAAAUGGAGGAAGAGGAGAAGAAGGAGGAGGAGGAGGAGGAGGAGGAGGAGGAGGAAUAGGAGGAAUAGAGGAAGGAAUAGGGGAAGGAAUAUUAGAUAAAGAAGUAGAUAUAAUAACAGGAACAGCAGCAGCAGCAGCAGGAACAGCAGCAGCAGCAUGA